AUGCUAACAGCGAACGGAGCUCGCGAGGCCAUUGCACUCGCGAAUACGUCAAGUUCCAACGGCACUGCCUCGACCGCUACUACCAAUACUACUACUACCAGCACGAGUGGCAACAACAACGCGGCCCCGACCACUGCUAGUCCGUCAACGACGGCAUCUACGUCGACGUCGACAACGACGAGCACAACGACGAAUGCCAACGGUGAGCAGAAGCAGCAGCAGCAGAGCACGAAAGAAGAAGCGUCGUCGAAGGAGCAGAAGCAACAGACUAACGGCGCUAUAGUCAAUAAAGCUCUGAACUCUGCCGUGUCCUCGGUGGAGAGCAAAAUCGACAAGAUGAGCAGCGCCGUGAUGAUUGGCUCGCCCAAGAGGCAGACCAACGGGCACCAGCCCACGCCGGCGGCUCAGCGCAUGGUCAUAAAUAACAUGAAUCACAAUAACGACAACGAGGAUUACGAUCCAAGGGAGGGCGUAAAGGGCGCAGUCGCGAGCCUGAGCAAGGCGAUCGGCGGCCCUGGCAAAGCUCCAGACAGAGAGCUGGAAGAUCAGAGCUCGUUAACGGCCGACGACAUGGACGACGUCGAAGAGGAGGAAGAGGAAGAGGACGAGGACGAGGGGGCGGAGGAGGACUACGAGGAGCACCGAAUGGCCGGAGAGGACAUGUACUACGAUUACGAGGAGGAAGGGAUAGACGGCGAGGUGGCGGCCGCCAUGUCCGAGGGACGACGCGGCUACGACAGGCAGCAGCAGCACAAUCACAGGGAUCAUCGGCUGCACGAUCGGGGCGCUGCAGCUCGACGCAACGGGCUGCGCAGUUCGCGGCGCGAUCAAGCGGUGGCGCCAGCGGGAGGACCAGCUCGACUCGACUACCCCGAAGCCGAAGCAGCCGAGGCAGGAGGAGGAUUCGAGGGAGGCGCAGGAGGAGGCAGCAGCGGUCGGGCAAGUGGCGCUAGUGGCGCGCUCGGCGGUGGCUACUGGAGCUUGCGCCAUCAUCAUCAGAGCCGAGCCUCCAGUCCCCGCUGCAUGCCGCCCCCGGAGCAGCAGGCAUUAGCAGCUGCUGGAGGAGUAGGAGGAGCUGGAGCGGCUGCCUCGGCGGCCCUGCUCCCGGCCAAUGCCCUGGCCGAGGAGGCCUCGACGAUCGCCAGGCCCCGCAGCCGCCACGAGCACCAGCAGCUCCAGCCGCCAUCCAGGUACAACAAUCUCGGCUACUGGCGCGCCCGCAGAGUCACCUUUUACCGAAAUGGCGAUCCGUACUUUCCCGGCGUCGAGUUCAGGUGA